GAAGGCAUCAUGCAAGUCCUCCUCCUGCUCUCAGCUGUAGGGUUCUGCUGGGGACAGUACAGCCCCAAUACUCAGGCUGGGAGGACGUCUAUUGUACAUCUCUUUGAAUGGCGCUGGGCCGACAUCGCUCUUGAGUGUGAGCGCUACUUGGCUCCUAAUGGGUUUGGAGGAGUUCAGGUUUCACCUCCAAAUGAAAAUAUUGUCAUUACUAACCCAAACAGACCCUGGUGGGAAAGGUACCAGCCUGUCAGCUACAAGCUCUGCACUCGAUCAGGAAAUGAAAAUGAAUUCAGAGACAUGGUGACCAGAUGCAACAAUGUUGGAGUUCGUAUUUAUGUGGAUGCUGUUGUCAACCACAUGUGUGGGGCUGCAGGUGGCUCAGGCAGGCAUUCUACCUGUGGAAGCUAUUUUAAUGCUGGGAACAGAGAUUUUCCAGCUGUGCCAUACUCUGGCUGGGAUUUCAAUGAUGGCAAAUGUCGAAGUGGAAGUGGAGAAAUUGAAAAUUAUGGUGAUAUCUAUCAGGUCCGAGACUGCCGCUUGGUCAGCCUGCUUGACCUGGCCCUGGGGAAGGACUACGUACGCUCCAAAGUUGCUGAGUACCUGAACUACCUCAUUGAUAUUGGCGUAGCAGGCUUCCGAAUUGAUGCUGCCAAGCACAUGUGGCCUGGGGACAUAAGAGCAUUUCUGGACAAGCUGAAAGAUCUCAAUACAAAAUGGUUUGCUGCAGGAACUAAACCUUUCAUUUACCAGGAGGUAAUUGACAUGGGUGGAGAG